CACACAAAGUUUGGCUCCGGAGUUGUGAAGGGAGGGGGCGGCCCGGCCCCGCCCGGCCCAGCUCUGCCCCCAGCCAGCUCGACCCCGGCCCCGGCCCCUGGACCAGCCCUUAUCUGAUCCCAGCUCCGGUUUAAGAGUCCUGGCCCAGCGCGCCGCACAGCUCCUUCCUCACUCCUGUCCUCCCCGUCCAUCUGUCAGUCCUGCUGCCCAUCUGAAGGGCCACUCCACAAGGACCCAAGAUGACAUCAGUUGCCAAGGUAUAUUACAGUCAGACCACUCAGACAGAAAGUCGGCCCCUAAUGGGCCCAGGGAUACGACGGCGAAGAGUUCUGACAAAAGAUGGUCGCAGCAAUGUGAGAAUGGAGCACAUUGCUGACAAGCGCUUCCUCUACCUCAAGGACUUGUGGACAACCUUCAUCGACAUGCAGUGGCGCUACAAGCUUCUGCUCUUCUCUGCGACUUUUGCAGGCACCUGGUUCCUCUUUGGCGUGGUGUGGUAUCUGGUAGCCGUGGCCCAUGGGGACUUGCUGGAGCUGGGUCCCCCAGCUAAUCAUACCCCCUGUGUGGUACAGGUCCACACACUCACUGGGGCCUUUCUCUUCUCCCUUGAAUCCCAGACCACCAUUGGCUAUGGCUUCCGUUAUAUCAGUGAGGAAUGUCCACUGGCCAUCGUACUUCUGAUUGCCCAGUUGGUACUCACCACCAUCCUGGAAAUCUUCAUUACAGGUACCUUCCUGGCGAAGAUUGCUCGGCCCAAGAAGCGGGCUGAGACUAUCCGUUUCAGCCAGCAUGCAGUCAUAGCUGCCCACAACGGGAAGCCCUGCCUUAUGAUUCGAGUUGCCAAUAUGCGUAAGAGCCUCCUCAUUGGCUGCCAGGUGACAGGCAAACUGCUUCAGACCCACCAGACCAAAGAGGGUGAAAACAUCCGGCUCAACCAGGUCAAUGUGACUUUCCAAGUAGACACGGCCUCUGACAGCCCCUUCCUCAUUCUACCCCUUACCUUCUACCAUGUGGUAGAUGAGACCAGUCCAUUAAAAGACCUCCCCCUUCGCAGUGGUGAGGGUGACUUCGAGCUGGUGCUGAUCCUAAGUGGGACAGUGGAAUCCACCAGUGCCACCUGCCAAGUGCGCACUUCCUACCUGCCAGAGGAGAUCCUUUGGGGCUAUGAGUUCACACCUGCCAUCUCAUUGUCAGCCAGUGGCAAAUACAUAGCUGACUUCAGCCUUUUUGACCAAGUUGUGAAAGUGGCCUCUCCUAGUGGCCUACGUGACAGUACUGUAUGCUACGGAGACCCCGAAAAGCUCAAGCUGGAGGAAUCAUUCAGGGAACAAGCUGAGAAGGAGGGCACUGCCCUUAGUGUACGCAUCAGCAAUGUCUGAUUGCUUAGUUUCCCACCUCCCUAUCCCUCUGAUUUCACUUUCUUUAUUGGGACUCUGGGAUAUUACCCAGGCUUACUGGAGAGUUCCAGAAGCACCCAUUCCCACUCCUUGUCCUUUAACCCAGUGGCCUAUGGGAAGUGUAGACCAACUGGAGUCCAAGUUUUUCUCCCAUCCUCCCCUUUCACUUCACCCUACUUCCACCACAUUAUACAACACCCCCACCCUUAAGCCAGGAUGGGGGAAAGAGAGGGAAGAUUAGCCUGAAAGGCUUGGAGGCCUUGGCCAUGGUGGGAGGCUCACAUUAGGAGGACCAUGCAGUUGGAUGGAUUGACUCCCCUCCCCACCUCCCAUAACCACCAGAAAGUUUGGUGAUUUGAGACUGGAAUCCCUUCCCUCUCUAACUGUCUGCCUAGCAAGUUCCCUAAGGCAAUACUCUGUGAGGAUCCCCUUAGGGUUUGUGUCCUCAGAAAUAUAGGAAUCUAAUCAAUUUAUACUGAAGUCUCUACCAACCUGUUGAAAGGAGUUGUGGUUUUUGAUGGUGAAUUUUUGUUGGUAACUCCUGACUUAAUGUAGGAUCUUGGUCACCACUAUUUUACACUUUGUAGUUUCUAAAGUGGAUCAUCAGUAUACUCAGUUCUCUCACUGAUGCUUCUGCUCCCAGAGAAUUGGGUUGACCCAGGAAAUGGAAAACCUAGUCACAACCAUCACACCUGUACCCACCCUGGAUUCUGAACUCUUCAUUGUGGAAUGACCACUGCAGAACUACUGUCCAAAUCCUUGAACCUGUCCUCCAGGUUGAUCUGGGAGGAUGAUUUUCCCUGUGUCCUCUGAAUGGAAUGCCUCUCACUAAUAUGUUCCCCUGGGGAAAAGUUCAGUGCCUAGACCUCAUGGAAAAGUCUGGAAGUGGUGUUCCAGAUUACACUGCCCUUGGCUUUUCUUCUUUCCUGCCUAGACCACCGUUCCCUUAACCCUAACACUUCGGAGGAAGUGGGAGUGAGUGGGUGGGGUGGGAACGCAAGGGCCUUCCUCUCUUAACACUGAUGUUUGACUAAAACUAGACUCACAGAGCACAGAGUUCCCAGGAAGGUUAAACAAACCAGACCAAGUGGGAUGAGUAAAUUCUCAGAUUUCCAGACUAUUAUAUAGAGCCUCUGGGAAUCAGGGAUGCUUUGUUAAGGUUUGGGCAGAGGCACAACUCUGUGGCUGGCAGACACUAUUCUCCCUGUUAUCCCUCCCAGUGUCCUUCUGAAGAGUGCCAGCUAUUUCAUUAGGCAAUGCUGGGAGGGAAGGAAAUUAUACCUCCUGAUCAAAUAACCAUAGUCUCCCUCAGCCAUUCCUGAGACUUGGUAUAAAGUGAAUAUCAGUCUCAUUUCUACUUUUCUUUGCCAUGAGGCCAGUUUCAGGCAACUUAAAAUGCAUACUUUAAGAGAUCAGACUCAGGUGAGAUCAGGCGCGUUCAGGGUGGUAUGGCCGUGGACAAAAAAAAAAAAGAUAUCAGACUCAGGCCAUUCCUUGUUCUCUGGUGGGGACUGUGGUAGGGGUCAGGAAGGGCAUAUGGGCACCAGAACUUUUUUAAAUACCUGAAAUCCAAAGAGUACUUCCUGGUCUCAUUUAGGUACCAAGGGACCCCCCAUCGCAAAGUGGUAUGGUAUAGAGUCCCUAUAUGAAUCAAGUGGCAGUUUGUUUAAGGUGGACUCAGCCAAUCGUUACAAGCUACGCAUUUCUACAGAAUUUGUAUAUGCACCUGUGUGCAGACCCUUGCUGAGAAACUCACAAAAUUUUGUGGCUGAACUCAUGAUCACCACUUACUACAAUUGCAUAAGAUCUUCUUAUACUGAUCUCUCCUUGAACUCUAAUUAUGUCUUGAAGACCUUUUGUUCUCUAUUUAUGGUAAACCCCACCAUUACUCCCUUGCUCUUAAGAAAUAAGAACCAGAAAAACUUGAAAAUCUGAAACAGAAUAGAAGGCAAAGAGUCAGCUUCUGGGCUCUCAACUUUAUUCAACGUUAGAUGUACCUGAUUUCUUUCAAUGUGUAAGGGCAAAAAGUACUGCAGUGUAUGUCUCUUCUUAUCUAUUAGCAAAUAAUCCUCCUUCUAGUUUCUUCAGUACACAGCUGCUUCACUUCUAAGGGAAUUACUCUCUUCCCACCCCCUGGUGUCUAUUCUAAGCCCCCAUAUUCUCCUCCCAUUUUUGGAUAACAAAGUGAGAACAUUUUCCACUUUGAUUCUCCAACAUGAUCUCAGAUUUUGCUCUAAAUUGCACUUUAAAUCAUAUUGACUUUUUAAUACAACCUGGCUUAUUCUCCCAUAAUUCCCCUUUCUCCACCCUUCAGAACAACACCCUGCACUGUCAACCCUAAUAGCUCUUUAGACUACGGCCUCUGUUUCUUCUGAGUUGAAAUCCUCUUUCAGGCUAUCAGAUAGGCUUUAGAAGCAGCCAGGUCUGGUGAGAAAUGAGAUCCCUGACCAACCAACCAUAGACUUGGCAUGUCAAGAGAGCACUAGGCACAUAUGUUAAAGGGAAGGAUUUCAGAGGAUGGGCAAAACAACUGAUGACAGCAAUACAAAAGAUGAGAAAGUGUGCUACUGAGGAACUUAGUGAAAUCAAUGAAACCCUUGAGUUUUAUAUGAGCUAGCAAACAAGAGGUAAGUGGAGGCUUGGAAAAUUAGAAUAUGAUAUAUAUGAAAGAUUUAUCUAGAAAAACAAAAUAUAUAUAUAUGUAGAGAGAUGUAUAUAGAUGUAUAUAAAACCAGAUAUACUGAAUGUACAGAAAGGAAGUGUUCAGAGAGCUUAGCAAGGGCAGAUAUCUCGCUCUGGUUAUGAGGUUGACUCCCUAGAUUUCCAAAUUUAACAACCAGUAAUCAUAGUUUCAAUAUGAAAGUGAGAUACCUGAUUAUGGGAAAGAGAGUGGUGGAAGCUUCCAUUCAGAAAUAAAAGAUUCAUCCAUUGAGGCUUCUGAUAAAGUCUGUGUUGCUCAUAGGACCAGGGAGACAGGAGAAAAAUGGAGACACUCCACCCAUAAAAAUCUAGGAGGAUUCCUACUUAUGUUGUUCUCCCAUACCCAGAAGUGUCCUGUCACUGUAGCACUGUUUAAAGUUACUAAAUAAAAGCAUCUCUCUGUUUCCUUCUCUUGAAGUACACUGAAUUUCCUCUUCUUCCACAAGGGUGGGGUAAACUACAGCUCCAGUCCCUGGAGGCAAUGGCCAUUCAACUGAGAAGAUGGACACUUGGUGUGCAGAGGCACUAAAGAGGAGCCUAGACCCUAGAACCCAAAGGCCAGGAUAAAAGAAGUAUCGGGCCCAAGAUACUCCCAAGGCAGAGGCUCAGCCCUUUAUGUGGCUGUAAGCAGCCCAAAGAGAAUGCUGUCUAUGCUAGAGGUGUCCUGAGUCCCAAUCCUGGCAAGUUAAAAGGUAUAAUUUUAUGUCUUUUGGGCAUGGGGUCAUGGUGCUUUAACAUUGUUGCUUCUGUAUGAAAAUGAGUGAGGCUACCAGCUGCCCUAGAGGAUCAUGCAGUUUCAUGAGAGGCUUCUGAAAUUCCUACUCUGUGCUUCACAUCACUAUUCCUUCAACCUCUGUCAACUAAUAAGACCAUCCAGAGAUUUCCCUAUAAGACCUCAGUAAAGAAAGAAAGCCAGUUUUACUAUUGCUACAAGCCAGAGCCACUGCUCUCUCCUCAGGGCUGCUACCUUGGUCCUUUACCCCUGCUAUUUAACCUAAUUUAUUUGUAAAACAAUACACUAUGUUUGCUGUACACUUAGCACAGGCCUCCAGGCUCAGUAAUGGCCAACUCUUCUGAAGUGAAAGUAUCUAGGGAUAGUUUUUCCCCAUCCAUUGCUUUCAAGUAGGUCAAAUUUACCUAGGAAAAAGAUGUGUGCGACUUUUUUGGUUUAUUUUAUUUUUGUCUGUUCAGAAAAGCUACUAAAUAAAAUGGAUGAAUCUCUGUUCUUCACUCUAGCUUCUUUUAGAAAUCCAAACCCAAUCCUAUUAUUAAGGUCUGAACUCACAGGUCUACCUGGAAAAAAAGUUGGAUUUGUCUGUGCUGGAAGAACUUCUUAUCAUGUGACCACCCUUUUUCCCUUUAUUGCUUUUAAUCAUUCCCUCUAUACCUUUUCUACACCUCCCCUCAUUAAGUUUAGGAUAAUUUAUUGGGUACCUUUCAAACUCAGUUUUUAAAGAACAAGGGUUUUUUUGUUUUUGUUUUUGUUUUUUUAAGUUAAGACCCAGAAAUCUGAUAUUUGGCUCAGCUUAAUUCAGGGAAGUCAAGUUGCCUUGGAUCCUGAGCACUGUGCCUUUUGCCAGUGAUCAGAUGCCCAAUUUCCCUUCCAUGUUACCAUGUAGAUAUUCCUUAUAUAUACUCAGGGCUCUAUGAGCCUAUUCAAUUAACUGCUGGGCAUUUCUCCCCCCAAAGAAAUGGAUUUCUCUUCUAUUGUUAUCUAUCAUGAGCCCGAAAAAGGCCUGGUUCAGUAUUUAGCCCUAAAUUCUCUCUGAGAGGAGAUGCAACAGAUCCUAUAGUCACUGGGCUCUUGUCACACACUGACUCUUGUUCCUCAGAAAUGGGAGGACCAAAGAAUGAUGGAAAAAAAAUUGGGACUCUUAAUCAUCAUCAAUAAAUACUUAUCUACAUUUGGAAAACACUACUUUAGUGAUAAGUCAUAUGACAUAUAUCUGUUGGGCACCACCCUGCCUGGUUUCAGAAGCUAUAACCCCCGCAUGGCUAAGGCUGAGUGAGCGACUUUCAGACCAUAAGCCACUAAGGAGACAAAGCUUAUCUCCCUGGCAAGAGCACUACAUCAGCUCUUUUUAUGUCAUCCAUAACUGGCCUCCAAUGCUUGAUUGGUUAGCCAAUGACGGGUAAGAUUCCCCAAGGGGAGAACAACCUAAGACAGGCAUGAUCACAUGGAGGCCCCAGGGAAGGACUUGGGGGGCUAUGGAGAAAGGAGGUGAUGGACCCUUGUUCCUCGAUUUUGACAAAACCUGAGUCCUCAUUCUGUCUGCGAGAAGUCUCCUAAUCUCUUGGCUGCCUUACUUCCACUACCUGACUUAAGCCUGAAACUAUGACAGAGGGCGGUGAAGCCCUGUGCUGGAAAGGGAGGGCUCCCAGGGUGAUCAGACCUAAGAAAGAAUACGUAAAAUCCUGUGAAAUCUGCCUUGCUAAGAAUGCUCUCAAUUAAAUGAUAGGGGUCUAAGCAGGAAAUGAGUUUGUUUCCCAAAGUUUUGUAGCCCUUUAGCUAACAGACCCUGACUCGGAAUAGGCCCUCAGAGUUCUUUGUUAUCUAUUGUGUGAUCCUUACUGCCUGACAAUGAUUAAUGAACUUUACCUGUAUUCCUGUGCUAAUUGAACCCAAUAAAAGCCUGUUUGGGCA